AUGGCUGAGGAACUGCGUAAGGGUGUACUUCUGGAGCCUGGAGCUAUGGUUCCAGCGAGCCCCGAUUUGGCGGCCGAGGAGGAUCCGGCGUCCCGGAAGGAAGGUUUAUUCCAGGAUGCAGAUCCAUGCAGUGAUCAUAACUGUCAUGUUAAGCCAGGUGCUACUGUAAACACUCUUGUGCCAGAAGGAAAAAUUCUUUUUCCACAAAUUAUCCCAACAAAUGAACUUUUGUUUUAUGAGAGAUUCAGAGCCUAUCAAGAUUACAUUUUAGCUGACUGUAAGGCCUCUGAGGUAAAGGAAUUCACAGUCAGCUUCUUGGAAAAGGUCCUUAAACCAUCUGGAUGGUGGGCAGUCUGGCACACUAACGUGUUUGAGGUGCUCGUUGAAGUUACAAACGUGGACUUUUCAGCCUUGAAGGCAAUAGUGAGACUUGCAGAGCCAUGUAUUUAUGAAUUUAAAUUGAGCACUUUUACCUUGGCAAAUGUGAAGGAGCUUUUGGACCUGAAGGAGUUUCACCUGCCUCUGCAGGAGUUGUGGGUGGUGUCAGAUGAUUCACGCGAAUUUCACGAGAUGGCACUUGCCAUUGAGCAUGUCAGGUUUUUCUAUAAAAACAUUUGGAGGAGUUGGGAUGAAGAAGAAGAAGAUGAGUAUGAUUAUUUUAUCAGAUGUGUUGAACCUCGACUGAGAUUGUAUUAUGAUAUACUUGAAGAUCGAGUUCCCUCAGGACUUAUUGUUGACUACCACAAUCUGUUGUCUCAAUGUGAAGAGAGUUACAGGAAAUUUUUAAAUCUGAGAAGCAGUUUGUCAAAUUGUAAUUCUGAUUCUGAACAGGAAAAUAUCUCCAUGGUGGAAGGGUUAAAUUUGUAUUCAGAAAUUGAACAGUUGAAACAGAAGCUAAAACUCAUCGAGAAUCCUUUGUUGAGAUAUGUUUUUGGUUAUCAGAAGAACUCUAAUAUCCAAGCCAAGGGCACUCGUCAAAAUGGCCAGAAGGUCACCCAUGUGGUUUCCUCCACCAUGAAGACAGGUCUGCUGCGGUCUCUAUUCAGGGACAGGUUUUGUGAGGAGUCUUGCAAAGAAGAAACAGAAAUUCAGUUCCAUAGUGAUCUGUUGUCUGCUAUAAAUGCCUGCCAUGAGGGUGACACUGUUAUUAUUUGUCCUGGCCAUUAUGUGGUUCAUGGCACCUGCUCCAUAGCUGACUCCAUUGAGUUAGAAGGAUAUGGUCUACCAGAUGAUAUUGUCAUAGAAAAGAGGGGCAAAGGAGAUACUUUUGUGGAUUGCACGGGUAUGGAUGUUAAAAUUUCAAGCAUAAAAUUUAUCCAGCAUGAUUCUAUAGAAGGAAUCUUAGUCAUUCACCAUGGCAAGACCACACUGGAAAAUUGUGUACUGCAAUGUGAAACUACAGGAGUCACAGUACGCACAUCAGCAGAACUUUUCAUGAAGAACUCAGAUGUAUAUGGUGCCAAGGGUGCUGGUAUAGAAAUAUAUCCUGGGAGUAAGUGUACCCUAACUGACAAUGGGAUCCAUCACUGCAAGGAAGGGAUCCUUAUUAAGGACUUCCUUGAUGAACAUUAUGAUAUUCCCAAAAUUUCUAUGAUAAAUAACAUCAUACAUAACAAUGAAGGUUAUGGUGUUGUUUUGGUGAAGCCUACGAUUUUCUGUGAUCUACAGGAAAAGGCCCAAGAUGAAACUAGCGACAAUACAAUUCAGAAAAAUAGAGAGGCGGGUGCCACUGAAGGAUUAGAUCUGGAAGAAAUGUUUCAGUGUGUGGCUAGCAAAAUGGAGCUUUAUGCCACAGCUGACUUUUCUGACCAAGCUAAGGGAAACUGUGAAAUUAUAAAUGAACUGCUUGCUACUUCCAUGCAAAAAGGCCGGAUGAAGAAACGAUUGAGCGAACUUGGGAUCAUACAAGCUGAUGACAACAUAAUGUCACAGGCGAUGUUUAUUGAAAUUAUGGGAAACCAGUUUAAGUGGAAUGGCAAAGGGAGUUUUGGCACAUUUCUUUACUAGCUACAAUGAUAUCAGUAGCUCACAAAAUAUUGUAUUUUGAACAUAUCCUAACAAUCAUGCUGCUUAUGUAGUUUGCUUCAUUUGCUUCAUGUCUGUAUGUUAUAUAAUAUGUACUUGAUUGAACUUGUGUAAAAUGUGUAUUUACUUCUAUCUACAUGUAUUAGACACAAAGCACUCCUUUGUAACAAAGCCACAAAAACAUAAAAUAUGGCUGUAUAUGUAGCUCAUUAGAGCAUUUGUCUAACAUGCCCAGUGCCCAGGCCCCAGGUUCGAUACCCAGCAUUCCUCCACCUCCCCCACAAAAAGGAAGGAAACUAACUGGAGAUUUCUUAUCUAGAAAAGUAUGCUUUCUUAAAUGCACAACUCUCCCAUAUUAAGCCUGAAAAUACACUUUAGUAUUGAAAAUGAAAGAGAUGCAAGAUGUGAGAACAAGCAUGUGGUAGAUGUCAUGUGUACAGUGUUCCUUUGUCUGUUUGAGAUAGGGUCCCUACAUAGCCAUUUCUGUCCAGGAACUCAAUGUAUAGACCAUGCUGGCCUCAAACUCAUAUUGAUCCACCUACUUCUGCCUCCUGAGUGCUAGGAUUAAAAACACAUGUCACCAUACCUAGCUUGGAUUGGAUACAUUUUUAUAUUGAAAUGUAUUGUCAUCAAAUAGAACUAAAUAACAGGUUAUGGUUAUGAAACAGAAAUGUGUUCAGAGCCAGUAUUGAAUAUAAAUGAUUAAUAAGAAAGCACCUUUCUUUUGCUAUAGUAUUCUAAUCAUCAUUCUCUUCCCUUCUUUAUGAUUCCUGCCCCCCCACUUCAACCUUUUCUUUUUAAAUCAUUAUCUUGUAUACCUCUGCUGGUUUAAAACUGUGUAGUCAGGGUUGGGGAUUUAGCUCAGUGGUAGAGCGCUUGCCUAGCAAGAGCAAGGCCCUGGUUUCUAUCCUCAGCUCCAAAAAAAACCCAAAAAACUGUGUAGCCAUUAAUGUCCUUGAUCCUUCCACCUCAGCCUCCCAGACACUAAGACCACUGAGUUGGAGCACUAUUCCUUGUUUUCUGUGAUUCUGGAGAUUCUGAGGGCUUUGUGUGUACUGGGCAAGCACUCCACCAAGCAAAAUGCUCAGCCUUCUGGUCAUUUUUCUUAAUCAAAAUAUCAGUAGAAACUUUUUUUGUAUUUAAUGUAAAAGAUUGUGUGUGUCAUUAAUUGUUGCUUAUUUUUCAUGGGGAGAUGUGAACAGAUCUCUACUACCCCCAGACAGGGCACUGUCAAUUGACCAAAGUAAUGAUUCCACACAAGUCUAGGUUGGUAAGGAGUUGGAGUUGUGUAGGUGACCCAAAAGAGCUACACCACUGCACAGUCCCACUCCAUUGUGAAUGGAAGCUAUUUCAUGGAGUUCCACCUUCAAGUAGUCUUCUACCUCCUGUAUAUUCUAGCAAUACCCCUUUCCCAAAGAUCUCUUAUUGCUGUGAGACAGGAGGAAAGGUUUGUAAAAUCCUAGGUAAGAGUCAGUUGACUCUACCUCUUAUAUUAAAGAGUGUUAAUAGCA